AUGGGGGCCUUGCUGGCGAUUCUGGCACUCUUUUUUUGGGGACCGAGCUUUGUGCCUGGGUUUGCGCCUCCCACGGUCAUACUACAGGACAUCGCACUGUUUCCAGAAGUCGAAGCGUGUCUGGCGACAGCAGUUGACAAUGCCUCGUCAGAGUCGGAACAGGCCACGCAUAUGCUCAUGGCAUCUUCGAUUUCCUUUGCUUUACUGGCGCGCUUCCUGCCAAAGCGUGAGAAGCGUCAAGACGAGAUUUCAGAGAUGGAUGCCAACCGACGUGGCUUGGAGCGUGCUUUGGACUUCAGUGAUCCGCAUGAAGGGCGAGCGCGCGAAGGGUCCAGAGGUCCGUUUUUGCCUCCCCUGCCGUCGGAACGCGAGCUGAAAGAGGUACGCACGGCCCCGACACAACUGAUAGUUCGCCAGCAGCGGGUACCGAGCAAUCCUCGAAGCUCGAAUUCUUUCCUCUGCAGGCUGAGCAAAGAGGUGCCACAAGACAGGCUGGCAGCCCAGAUCAAGACGUGGAUAUGCUUCGUAUACUUCCUGCAUUUACUGGGCUUCACUAUGCAAGGACCUAUAUUGCCGGCAAUCAGGGCACACUUCAACUUGCUUGCGUCGCAGACGGGCUUGAUCACUUCUGCGUUUCCAACCGGCAUGGUUCUGGCCUUGUCGAUCUUUCCCCGGUGUAGUGACAAUUACGGACGCAAACCUAUGCUCCUCGUAUGCCUGGCUGGCGUGGGCAUUGGCUUCCUGCUCCAGGCAUGUGCGCUGAAGUUUCACUGGCCCUUCAAGAGAUUCCUCCAACUGCGCGUUGCCAGCGGAAUGUUUGCUGGAGCAGCUGUAGUGAUCAAGGCGCUCAUUGCGGACUUGGAACCAGAGGCAAUGCUGCGAGCGGUGGCGAAUCGAGAAGCUGCGGGGACCAUGGCCUUCAUCGUGGGACCAACACUGGGAGGACUCAUCUACUCGCAUGCGGGCAUUACUGGCGUGACCCUGUUGGGCGGUCUUGUGUCGCUUCUUGCAGCCUUUCUCGUUGCCCGCUUCCUGGACUACAUGCCUCCUCCGAUGGGCCAGACGCAGAAAGUGAAGCGGCCAUCCGGAGGUCAAACGCUUCGAUUAACAUGGGCUCUGUUGUUUGCCUUCAUCUUCAUCCAUGUUGUUUACAUAAGCGCGACUUCCGUUUUCGACAGCUUCUUUGGGGUUUGGUGUUUCGACCGCUUCGGAUGGACGCCGCGACGACUGGGCGCAGUCCUGACGCUCGCGGCAACCUUUGCAUUCAUGGCGAAUGCCUUUGUGUACCGCAGGCUCAUGAUGAAGGAGGGCAGGGUGCUCCUCGGUGCUGUCAUUGGCCUUGCAUCCGUCGCCACAUCGUUUGCAGCUAUGAGCAUGACAAGAAAGCCUAAUCUUGUGGCUUGGAAGAUACAUAACCGUGCCAGUUUGUGA